CGGUGCGGUGGCAGGUCUGCGACGGUGGAGGCGGAGGCGGAGGUGGAGGGAGUAGGCGGCGGGCGGUGUAGGGCCGCCUAUGGAGGAGGCUAAGGAUCCCAGUGACUCCGGCAUGGCGGGGCACGGCCCCGAAAACUGGCUGUCCGGCUGGGAGCGACAGUGCCUGGAGGAGGAUGAGAGGCAGGAGCCCGGGCCUGACAGCGGCCCCGGAGGAAGCGAGGCCGAGGCCCAGAGACAGCGGCUUUGGCUGUGCUUCCAGAACUCGGCCACCGCCAUCGCCCAGCUCUACAAAGAUCGCGUAUAUGAACAGCAGCUGGGUAUUCAGAGCUUGUGGAAACCAUUCCAGGCAGCAGCCACUUCUGUGACUUGUCUAUAUAAAGACGGGCUCGAAGCCCAUCGAGCGAGCUUGGAUCUGGGCGCGCAGGCAGGCUAUCAGAGGAGAAACAAGGAAAUGCUGGCUUGGGUGAAGAAGAGGAGACACAUCAUCCACCGAGAGGACCUGCUCAGCUUCUUGUGCAGGAAGUCACCCCCGUCCAGGAACAGCAGACUGGCACCUCGGCUAAACAUUCCCUCCUCUGUGUUGGCACAGGAAGAUUCAAACAGGACUGCUGAGGGUGACCUGCAGGCAUUUACUGAUGCCAUUGCUGUGCAUGGCCUCAGUGGUGCCAUGGCGAAUGUCAGUGUGCGCUCAGGAACACCCGGGUCCCCGACACAUGGCGGCAGUAACUCCGCCUCGGUGCGUAGGCGUGGCAGCCUGCAGGACGUGGACUUAAACAGUUUUAUAGCUGAAGAGAUGGCUCACCAUCUGGACAGCUCAAGGAAGCGGGCUCCGGCCCAAUGCAGCGACGUCAUCACUGAAUCACCCAGUCACAAGCGAAGCCGAAUGCUAUGAAGAGGUGACGGAGCAACAUCCUGGACAGCUGGAGAUGGCAUCUCCCAUUUCUGUGUUCUGCAAUCAAAAACCAUACAGCACAAGGAGGCCGUUCAGCCCAUGACGUCUGUGUUUGUUCCUUGAAAAAGCUGUUUGUUUAGUUCUGCUCUUUCCCUGUUACCCUUUACCCAAUUCCUUUCCAAAAGUUAUGCCAGAAUCUUUCCUCUGUGACAAAGCAGCAAGUGCCAAUUCAACCCAUUGCUUCUUCGUCAAUCCAACUUUGAAAGAGAAAUGAGGGGACUACCUUUCAUAAAUCCCCCUUUGAUAAUUUGGUUACCAAGAUAUGUUCAGGAAAGUACUGUGCAGCAUCUUGAUGUUAUGCACUGGGUAUGAUGGCAAUGCAACUGAUAUUAAAUAUCAUGGAGAUAUUUCCAUGGGAACUGGAAAAGGC